UUUUGGGGCUCUUAUUACCGUUCUAGAACCAGAGCCAAUCGAAAUUAUCUGACAUUAUGCGAUUAUAUAUAUAAAAGAGAAAGAUCUUUGGUUUUCUUGUUACCCUGGAUUUUCUUCCCCACACACAACCCUUUUCUCUCUGAAAAACCCUAAUUAUAGCUCUCGCCGUAUAUCUCUCUAUCUUUCUUUACUACUCAUCAAGAUCAGGAAGCAAGCGUUGAGAUGAGUCCAACAUCUUCUUCGCACGGUGGUUCGCAACAAUCCAACAAAUUAGCAGCAUGACCAGUGCGGGAAUUGGUGUUGGUUCUGUCCAGGGUUUGUAAAGGAACUUGUGGGUAUUUUUUUCUUCAAAAUCUUCAUUCAACAUCGAUGUGGACUUGGGUUUGUGAAUUAGAUCGUGAAAGGUAUGAUAAUUGGGGCGAUGAUGGAAUGCCAAUAGAGCAGUGAUUAAAUUAAUGUGAAGAUUUAUUUGUUAUUUCUGAGUUUUGGAGUAGCAUGGACAACGGAUGCGAUGCAAAUCACUUGGAUGGUGAUGUUCUUUUGCCUCCUCGGAAGCGCCUUCUUGCUGGAUUGAAGAAACAGAGUUCUGAUGGUGACCCUGCUGCUUCUCCAUCUCUACCUGCUGCUUCCAGUGUUAUCACUUCCGAGGUCGCUUGUCCUUCUUCUGUAUCUGUUUCAGGUGAAUUUGAGGCACGCCUUAAGCAUAUAUUGAAUUCUCAUUCAAAUAACCCUAACCUCACCCCUGAGGAGAUCGCGGAGGCCUCAAAAACAGCGGCUGAAGCCGCAACUAAGGCUGCAGAAUCUGCAAGAGCUGUUGCUGAAGAAAAAGCUGCUAGAGCAGCAAAGGCUGUUGCUACAGCCAAGAGCGCAUUAGAUUUGGUUGCAUCUAUUUCUGAAGAGGCAAUCACGAAGGAUAGAAAUCUGAAAAAGAACAAGCUAAAGAAGCAUUUGCCAGUUCAGCUGUUGUACAGAAAAAACCAACCCAUGGAAAGUUGUACGAAAGAUGAAGAAUUAGCCCGUAAGUUACACCGAGCCAUGAACAGCUCGCCCAGAAUCUCAAAAAAUUCUCCAAAUUCAGAUUCAAAAGGGAAUAAGCACAAGAAACCUAAAAGCUCUUCAAGCUUUGAAAUAACUGAGGUCUCUGAUGCUGGUAUGGCCGUGGGACAAGAUUGCUUAUCUUUGAACAAUGGACAUGCAUCAGGAGGCAAAAAUGGCUAUGAAGUUUCCAUCCAAGAGGCAUGCUCAAACAAGGAAGAUAAGAAGGGUGGCAGAAAUGAUAAAUCCAGCCAAAUGGAGAUAUAUAAUGGGGAAGCAGAGUCUAGCCAGUCAAAAGAGAAAAUCUCUGAAGAUUUGUCUCCCACUGGUAAGAAAAGGGGAAGGGUGAAGCUCAAAAAGUUGCCCUUAAGCAUUUGCACAUCUAAAGAUAAGGCGCAUCCAAAGGAAGAGAGAAGGGAUGGAAGCUCUUCUCUGAGCGAUAUCAAUGCAGACACAGAUGCCCUUGUUAAUAUACCUUUGUUUCAAGUUGAAUCAUCCACUGAGAGAGUGAUCCCAAUUGAGGCUACAUCAAUGUGGAAAUGUCAGGAGUUCAAGGCACCAGCAUGUAUCAAGCAGAAUAAAGUUGUGCAGUCAUAAUAUUCAAAUUACAUUGUGACAAGAAUGGGGCCUGUCAUGAUAGGAGCCGAUAGCUGAGGUAGGAAUUAUGAUGCUUUGUUUUUUUUUUUUCUUUUCCUCUUCUCUUCUCUUCUUUUCUUUUCUUUUCUCAUAAAUGGCCUUUUAUCUUGUUCAUCUUUUGUCUUGUAUUGAAUUUCUGCUGACUAAUGUAUAAUUAGAUUGUUAGUUUCCUGCCAUACUUCUCUCAUUUUAAAGUUGUGUACCUUUGAUUGAUAACAAAAUAUGAGUUUAGAUGGAGCAAUGGAGUGAAUUUGAAUAGCUUUUCCAUUGUGCUGCAUAUGCUAUCCAGCAUUAGUUCUGAGAAAUGAGAAUAAUGUAUUGAAAAUCUGAAUCUUCUAUUCAGAGUUCA